AUGGCGCCGAAUCGCAUCGAGCAGGACGAAAUUGAAAAGUACUGGGAGAUCUUCAGCUCUCUCAGCAAUGGCGGCACACAUCUCGACGGCGCGCAAGCAGCCCCCGUCCUCAAGAACUCACACCUCAGAGACGACCAGCUAGAGCGGGUGUGGGACUUGGCAGACGUGGACAACGAUGGCAAGCUGGACUUUGAGGAGUUUUGCGUGGCGAUGCGACUCAUCUUUGACCUGAUCAACGGGGUAUCACUAGACGUGCCCAAGGUCCUUCCCGACUGGCUUGUUCCCGAAUCAAAAGCACACCUUGUCCAGGCAACUCGCGCCCUCACCGGCUCCCAACCCGCAUACGAGACGGUCGAGGACGAUGACGACACGCCGGGUCUGCGCGACGGCUUCGACUGGUACAUGUCGCCGGGCGACAAGGCUAAAUACGAGGAAAUCUACACUGCGAACCGCGACGGCCAUGGCAAUAUCGCUUUUGACAGCCUGGCCGGCUUGUUUGAGAGCCUGGAGGACGUGCCGGACUCGGACAUACGCUUCGCAUGGAACCUGGUCAAUCCCAAGGCGAGGGAAAGCGUGGGCAAGGAUGCUGCGCUGGCGUUCCUGCAUAUUCUCAACCAACGAAGCGAAGGGUUCCGCGUUCCGCGUAGCGUUCCCCCGUCUCUCCGCGUCAGCUUUGAAAAGGGCAACAUUGACUACGACCUCAACUCCACGGCCAACUCGCGGUGGGCGGCUACGCGCGACGAGAGCACUUCGACAGGCCGCAAAGCCAAGUUUGGCGACGCAUACCUCACACGGCUCGGUGUGGGCGAUCGCGCCAAUACCUACGGCGCGCGAGGCGGCAAGGGCACAGAUUUCGGCGGUCGCACAACAGAAGACUGGGAGGAGGUGCGGCUAAAGAAGCAACUGCGUGAGCUCGAGCAAAAGAUUGCAGAUGUGGAGAAGGAGGCGGAGAAGCGGCGGCAUGGACGCAACAAGGACAGUAAACCGGCGCUGGUCAAGCGCGAGCUGGAGCUCUUGCUCGACUACAAGCGGAAUGUGCUCAAAGAGCUGGACAACGACGAGGGUGGUGCUGUCAAGGGUCUAGCGGGUAUCAGAGAGGAGAUUGAAACCGUCAGAGAGCAAGUCGAGGGACUACAGGGACAUUUGGACAAUCGGAAGGCCGCCUUGGAGGAUUUGAGGAGGCAAAUUGAGGAUGAGAGGUAG